AUCGAGUGGAGACUUUUUAGAGUGAUUACAAUAAAUAGUUUAUUUCUUGACCCUAUGAAUAACAAAUAUUUUACUUCAAAUCAAGAGGAGAAUACUGGGGCUUACAUGUUGUACCAAAGUUAGCGGUUUCACUUUUAGUCUGAUUUUACAAUGGGUCAUACAAAACAGUUGUCUUUCAAAAAAUUUUGUAUUAAAAUAUUAUUCAUUCAAAAUUUAAAAGUUAAAAAAAAUUGCAAAGCUAAAUUUUUUAAACGCAAAUAUUGAAUUAAAUUUAUGAACUUCACCAACAAGGUUGUGUUAGUAACUGGCACCGCGUCAGGAAUUGGCGCUGCUACUGCAGUUCGUUUCUCGGAGCUUGGUGCCAAGUUAGCCAUUGUCGAUCUCAGCGCCGAGGGACUUAAAACGACAGCUAAGAAUUGCAUAAAAUGUGCCAAGUCAAAAGAUCAAGGCGAACCACUUCAAAUAGUCGGGGACGUUAGCAAGCCAGAAGAUUUAGAAUGCAUUGCUAAGUCAACGCUUAAAAAAUAUAAACAACUGGAUGUGUUAGUAAACAAUGCCGGUAUUAUGGAGGAUGGUACCAUUGAAACCACAUGCCUGGAGCAGUUUGAUCGCAUGAUUCACACCAAUUUACGUUCUCAAUUUUAUUUAUCUUUAAUAUUGGUGCCGGAAUUAUUAAAAACAAAAGGUAACAUUGUGAACACAUCAAGUAUCUGCGGCAUGCGUUCAUUUCCUAACACGCUGGCCUACAACAUAUCCAAAGCGGGUGUUGAUCAUUUCACCCGCUGCGUAGCGCUGGAGCUUGGCGACCGUGGCGUGUGUUGUAAUUGUGUAAAUCCUGGUGUUAUAUAUACUAAUUUACAAAAGCGAUAUUUGGAUGAGAAUGGUUACAAAGAAUUUUUAAAAAAAUCAAAAUAUACCCACGCUUUAGAACGUUAUGGUCAACCAAUUGAAGUGGCAAAUGUAAUAUGCUUUCUAGCAAGUGAUUUGGCCAGUUUCAUCACUGGUCACAAUAUACCCGUAGACGGCGGGAGACACGCUAUGACACCACGCUAAAUUGCAAGCAAAUUCAAACCUAACGACCUUCUUCAAAAUGAUGUGAGUACAAGGUGAAAACCAAUUAAGCUGCGAAGUCGAUUAUCAACAAACAGAAUAUAUACAUAAGUACAUAUGUUAAUCGAAAUGAAGCAACUACAAUGUCUAACAUCUCUGUCUACCCCCUUUUGUGCUCAUGAAUCAGAACAAAUCGCGGAGCAACAGUGCUUCUGAUAUCAGCCAAUAGUACUUAAAUACUUAAGUCGUAUUGUUUUUUAUCUGAUUUAAAUUUUGCCAAUCGAAAAUUCAACAGUAGAAUGGAUUUUAAGGGCAAAGUUGUGAUAAUAACGGGUGCCAGUUCUGGAAUUGGUGCCGCUACUGCAGUGAAAUUCGCUAAAUUUGGUGCCAAGCUGGCAUUGGUUGGACGAAAUGUGGAAAAUCUUAAGGAAACAGCAGCUAAGUGUGAAAAUGAGAACUCAUUGACUCCGUUAUUAAUAAAGGUCAAUCUGGCAGACGAAUCGGCUGUGUCAAAUAUUAUAAGUGAAGUGUUGGGACGAUACGGACAACUUGACGUGUUGGUCAACAAUGCUGGAAUUAUUGAAAAUGGCACAAUUGAGAAUACAAGCCUUGACCAAUUCGAUAGAAUUAUGGACACAAAUGUGCGCUCUGUGUAUCAGUUGACAAUGCUCGCCGUACCUGAGCUAAUUAAAACAAAAGGCAAUAUCAUUAAUACAUCCAGCGUUUGUGGUCUACGAGCAUUUCCCAAUGUUUUGGCUUACAAUAUAUCCAAAUCGGCUAUUGAUCAAUUUACACGUUGUGUGGCUUUAGAGCUUGCACCAAAAGGAGUGCGAUGUAAUUCAGUUAACCCGGGUGUGAUAGUCACCAACUUGCACAAAAGUGGUGGCAUGAACGACGAAGCUUAUGAGAAAUUUUUGGAGCACUGCAAAAUAACUCAUGCGCUUGGACGGGCUGGGGAUGUGGAAGAAGUGGCCAAUGCUAUUUGCUUUUUGGCCAGUGACUUGGCCACAUUUACUACGGGCAUGAAUAUGCCAGUUGACGGAGGCAGACAUGCUAUGUGCCCCAGAUAAAAAAUAAUAGUGACUUUAAAUUAAUGUUUGAAUGAAAAAAUUGUUGUACGAGUAUACCCAGAAACAUACAUAACUAAUAUUAAUAAACUAGUUUACAUAUUUAUUAUGUAUUAUAAAUAUCUAUCUAUAUAAAGUAAAUAAAAUUUUUCAAAGCUGCAUGUGUGUUUUUAAGUGAAGCUUGCUGUAAUAUAUUCGUA